GCUUUUGCAGCAUUUACUUCCCUCCGAGGAGAAAGGGGAAGCCGCUCCUCUCUACUUGAGCCAGACGACUGAUGGAUCUCCUUCAGCGGCUUUUGGGGACCCUGCAGCGGACUGUGGAUUACAUUUCCACCUUCACCACCUACCUCCUUGGAAAUGAAGCUCAUCCAGGAGCAGAGGAGUCAGGAAACAGGAGGGAGACAGAGCCUCAUAGAAGCCGCCAUGACUGCAAUGUGGAGACAGCACCUUACAGAGAUAUUUCUCCAAGGGGUGAUCUGAAGGCCUUUGAAGGGCUGCCCAUUGCAGAGGUAGGUGCUGGAGGGAAGAGGUUAGUGCAAAAUCUGUUUGUGCUCCACCUCUGCCUUGAUGAAGGCCCUUCUUUUUCAGACAACCCCACCCAAUCAGAACCCCACCCAUGAUGCAUCAGGAAAAGACUUCAGUUCUGCUCAGGCUACAGAAGCCAUUCCUGGAGCUUCCAAAUUGCUGUGUAAAGAUGAGAGAGAGGAAGCUGUUGGCCAGAAGCUCUCAGAGGCUCCUAAUUUCCUGGCUGAUGCCCCAAAGCCAAGUUCUUCGACAAUGGGAAGCAUCCAGCAGAAAGACUUGGAGGGGCUCAUGGUGACUGGAGGGCUCCAUCAGUGGGAACCAGAGGGAAGUGCCAGGAUGGGGGCUGUUCAGCAAGAAUUGCUAGAAGAAAUGGCAGAGUUGAAGGCCUGGCAACCAGAGAAGCCAUUGGCCGGAGGGCAAGACCAUGAAGAAUUAGAAAAGGCAGGAAGGGCUAUGAGGACUUGGCAGAAAGAGCAGAAGGAAACAGAGGGAGAUGAACAAGAGGCACCAGGUGGGGAAGAGCAGAGGGGACUGGAUGGAGCAACACAGACAGGGGGACUUGAACAGCAGGUGGCCAAGAUGGUGGAGGACCUGCGAUCAGAGCCUGAUGCGGAUCUUGUAGGAGAGGCAAAGAUGGAAAGCAAUCAGCAGGAGGAGCCAGAUAUCGAGGUAGGAGAUGAAGGGGUUCAGCCAGCAGUGCCAGGCAGUGCAGAGACUGGAGGAGACCAGCAGGGAGAGCCCGGAGAAGAAGUAGAGACCAGAAGCCACCCUCAGCGGGAGCCAGAAGAAAAGUUUACCUUGGAAGUGCAGGAAGAAGAUCCAGUGAGGGUUACAGAGGAAGAAGAUGGCCAGCAGAGGGGACUGGAAGGGUCUGAGUCUGAAGGGCCCCAGCUAGGGAAGAUAGAGGGAUUUUUGAGGGAUGAGGGGACUCACUGGAGGGAGCAGAAUGAGAAAGACAGUGGAGAAAAGUCUGUGAUGGAAGAGCAGAGGGGAGAUAGAACAGCGUGGACAGGGAGAUUUCAACAGGAGAUGGCAAAGAUGAUGGAGGACCUGCAAUCAGACCCUGAUGGGCAACUACCAGCAGGGACAAAUGCAGAAGACAAUCUGCUGGAGGAGUCAGAUAUUGAGACAGGAGAUGAAGAGGUUCAGCCAACAGUGCCAGAUGGUGACCAGGAGGGAGAGUCAGAAGGAAAAGCAGAGGCCAGAAGCUACCCUCAGUGGGAGCCAAAAGAAAGGGUCUUCUUGGAAGUGCAGGAGGAAAAUCUGAAGGAGAUCACAGAGAAAGGAGGUAGCCAGCAGAGAGGAUUGGAAGAGGCUGAGAUGGAGGCACACCAGCAAGGGGAGCUAGAGGGAUCUGUGAGGAACAAGGAGACUCAGAGACGGGAGCAGGAGGAGAACAAGGGAGAAGAGCAAGAGGCAACAGGUGGGGAAGAAUCUGUGAUGGAAGAGCAGAGGAAAGAAGGAACAGCAUGGACUGGGAGGUCUCAACAAGAGGUGGGCAAGAUGGCAGAGGGCCUGUGGUUGGAGGUGGAGGUGCAACUUUCAGGAGGGGCAGAAAACUACCAGCAGGGGGAGUCAGAUAUGGAAACUGGAGAUGAAGGGGCUUGGCAGACCAUGCUGGAUGGUGCAGAGACGAGAAGAGACCAGCAGGAAGGACUAGAACGAGAAGCAGAGGCCAGAAGCAGCCCUCUUUGGGGACCAAAAGAAACUGUGACCUUGGAAAUACAGGACCCCUCAGAGGUGGUCACAGAGAGAGAAGAUAGCCAGCAGAUGGGGUUGGAAGAGGCUGAGAUGGAGGAUUCCCAGCAAAGUGAACUAGAGGGAUUUUUGAGAGAUGAAUGGACUCAGUGGAGGGAGCAGGAGGAGAAUGAGGGAGAUAGGCAAGUGGCAACAUGUGGAGAACAGCAGAGUGGAGAUGGAACAGCAUGGACUGAGAGAUCUCAACAGGAGGCUGCCAAGAUGGCAGACGGCCAGUGGCUGGAGGCUGAGGAACAACUUGUGAGAGAGGCGAAGGCCAAAAACAGCCAGCAGGGAGAGCCAGAUAUGGAAACUCGAGGUGAAGGGUCUCAGCAAGUUAUCCUGGAUGGUGCAGAAACAGGAGGAGAUCAGCAGGGAGGGCAAGAAGGGGAAUCAGAGAUAGGGAGGGAUCUUUCGUGGAAGCCAAAGAAGACUGUGAAUUUGGAAGAGCAUCCAGAGAAAGGGCUGGAAGGGACUGGAGAGAGAGAGGAACACCAACAUGGGAAGCUAGAGGGAUCUGUGGGAAAUGAAGCAGAGAACGAAGAAGGGCAGGAGGAGCAAAUGAAAGAGCCAGGUCUGGAGAGGGGCCAGCAGAAAGAUCCUGAGGUGUCGAUAGGAAUUACAGUUCUUGAUGAGGUGGUAGAAGCAGCAAUGAUGGAGCAGUCAGAGGUCCAAGGGCAGGAGGCAAGGGAGACUGAGGGAACCGAGAGGAGCCUGCCACAUGAACCCCUGGGGGACAAGGCCCCUGAUGAUACAUGCUGUCUUGCUGGGGCCGGAGCCUUCCCAGGUGAGGUCCCAUCUCUGGACACAAGUGCCCAGAAGGAGCGGGUCUUGCUCCGUCGUAAGAGUUCCAUCCGGCGGGCACCCAGCUUGAAGAGACCAAGACCACCCACAGAGACUCCUCCCCCACAGGAGACAGGCAUAGAGGAGAACUCUCCAUCUCAGCCACCACCAUCAGGCAGGCCACACCUGAGGCAUGCUGGGUUUGGGCCUAUGCACCCCAACAUGAUGGCUGAACUGCAGAUGCGCUUGCGCAGGCCUCAGUAACUCUACAAAUCCGAAGAGUUUGUGGAGUAAAGAAACUGUAAUAUACAGGAGGCUGGUAAUGCCCCCCCUCCCACAGCACAGUGUAGCUAUGGAGGAGUGCUGGGUGAUCCCAAUUUAGUUGGGGCAAGAGUGAGAUCUGGCACUGGUUAAUACACUGCCUGAACUGAAUGGAGCUCAUAGAACAUAUCCCACAAUCCUUUGCAAUGGUCAAGGUUCCCAUGGCACGAAAUAAUCUCUAUUGACCCGGGAGGUCCCUUCUAGCUCUAUGUUUUUUUUUUCCUACUUAUAGGGUUUCUGCCAGUGAAAGUCUGCAGAGAGUAUGGAUAGAGGGUAGAAUCAUAGAAUCAUAGAGUUGGAAGGGAACUCUAGGGUCAUCUAGUCCAACCCCCUGCACAAUGCAGGAAACUCACAAACACCUCCCCCUAAAUUCACAGGAUCUUCAUCGCUGUCAGAUGGCCAUCUAGCAUCUGUUUAAAAACCUCCAAGGAAGGAGAGCCCACCACCUCUAGAGAAAGCCUGUUCCAUUGAGGAAUCACUCUAACAGUCAGGAACUUCUUCUGAUUUUGAUUUAAUUUCAACCCAUUGGUUUUGGAAACUCUUUUGAUUUAAUUUCAACCCAUUGGUUCUGGUCCUACCUUCCGGGGCCACAGAAAACAAUUCCACACCAUCCUCUAUAUGACAGCCCUUCAAGUACUUGAAGAUGGUGAUCAUAUCACCUCUCAGCUGCCUCCUCUCCAGGCUUAACAUCCCCAGCUCUUUCAACCUUUCCUCAUAGGACUUGGUCUCCAGACCCCUCACCAUCUUUGUCGCCCUCCUCUGGACUAGGUAGAACUAGGAGACCUAGAUUCAAAUCCUCUCUCAGACAUGAAGUUCACUGAGGGGACCUUGGGCCAGUCACACCUUUUCUGCCUAACUGACCUUAGGCACGAUUGUUGCUAGGGUCAAAUGGAGGAGGAGGAGAGACCCACAUGCUGCUCUCCUUAAUUUGGAAGAAGGGUGGGAUAAACAUGUUACUGGUGUAAGUGACUGGGAAAAUGUUGCUUGCUUAUCUUCGGCCUGUCCUCCAGCUGCUACCCGAAAACAAGGGUAGCUCCCUAAAUGCCCCUUAGACUAUACCAGCUUACGUAUGAUGUGGAAACUUAUUCUAAAAAACGAGUUUACUCUGUACUGAGGAAGUUUGUAUAUUUGAAAUAUUAUUUGUUGUAAUAAAAUUGUUCUGUUACAUG